GAAAUGAAUUUAUCUUAAGAAUAAUGGGAAUACUUAAAGGAUUUAAAUGAUGAUAUCUGGGUGGCAUAUAGUUACAUAGGCAUUCCGAUAUAAAUAGUAAUGAUCAUUUACAAAAUUCUUUAUCCAAUUUAUUGGUAAGAAGUGAAGAGAAUGGAACAAUUUCCAUCAUUACUUCAGGGUAUUAUUUGAUGAACCAAUUAGAUAAAUUAAUUAGACCGUUCAUUUUUUAUGGGCCAAUAUAUUACUUAUUUGAUAUUAUUAUUAAAGUAGGAAGUGGGAAAGCUUUUGCAUCAGCAUGCAGUAUGUCAUUCUUUUCCCAUCAUUUGAUAACUUUACUUUUUUUGCCAUUUGCUGUAUAUAGUAAGCAUGUGCCUUGGUUUUUCAUAGUAUCUAUAUUAUUUUAACAAUCAAUUAGAGUACUGCAUUAUUUCAUGCAAUUUUGUUAUGUUUUAAACACAGUUAUUUAUAAUAUAUAUAUUUGGUUGCAGUAUUAUUAUAUCAUUAUGGAAUUUUGUAGCCUCCAUUCAGAAAGUAUUUAAUUUAUAUAAUUUAGUUUGAUUUAAUUCAAAUUGUUGAAUAUAGGAACAAUAUUGUUAUAUCUAACAAUAAUAGCAUUGUGGUUAAAUGGCUGUUCUCAUUGA